AUACAUGGAGAACAAAGCCGAGGUGACAGGCCUUAUUCCUGGUUUUCCUUAUUUACUGGCGGUACGAGCAGUUGCCAUCGGUUCUACUAUUGAACGAAGGAGUGAUGAGGCAAUAGUGGUCGGUUUCACAGAGCCAGCAUCACCUACAAACAUUCAUAUUGACAACACCAUCAAUGGCACAUUCAUCCUUAGUUGGCAACCGCGUUACUCCGGGCUGGUUGAUUUUUAUGACGUAAUCAUACGGCAGCCAAUCAAGGGACAGGAGGGAGUACUGAUGAAACGUACGGAUGGAGAGUCUGCUGAUUUGAACGGCCUCCGUUACGACACUACUUAUGAAGUCAUGGUUUCUGCUGUGGCCAACGGCGCGAGAAGCAAGGGGACGAUUCAGACAAUCAGAACAGGUGCACCUGCCACGUGGGCCGCCUGGCACCCUACAUCCUCCUGUAGCACCACCUGCGGCACAGGGACACAGGUGUUCAGUCGGGAGUGCCGAUCACUCAACGGCAGCCUGUCUCCUUUCUGUGAUCCAGACCAGCCAACCGUCACACAGACCAUGUCACGAGCUUGUGACGAGCUCCAGGCUUGCCCAGUUCAUGGAUUCUGGUCCGCAUGGGGAAACUUCGCCCCCUGUUCUGUGUCAUGUGACGGGGGAGUGACGUCACGCGAACGGAUCUGCAACCCUCCAAGGUUGGGUGGUUCGUUGUGUCCUGGAACCAAGAACGGAUCCCAGACGGAAGUACAACACAAAAACUGCAGCAUGCAUCCAUGUCCCGUUCCAGUGACAACAGCGUGGUCUGACUGGUCGCCUUGCAGCGUAACGUGCGGCGGAGGGAUACAGUCACGAACUCUUCUAUGUGACGGGGUUAUUUGUCCUGGGGAGACCAACGUUACUAGGAAUUGUAGCACAGAGCUAUGCGAAGGUACGUGGGCAGACUGGUCAGAAUAUAGCCCAUGUUCUGCAACAUGUGGGGAGGGGAUCCGUAUCAGGAGCAGGAACUGCACCAUUCCUGAAUAUGGCGGGAAGCCUUGUCCGGGCAACAUCACCGACGAUGGACGACAAUUGGAAGAAGCAACCUGCAAUCUGAGCCUUUGUCCAAAUCCUAACGGAACAUGGGUCACAUGGACCGGCGAAUGUUCCGUCACCUGCGGCAAUGGAACGAAAACGGUUCGACACAGAUGUGCAAAAAUCAACCCGGAUAAUCCGUUUGAAGGAGACCUGUUCUGUCCUGGAGAAAAACCGGACGAGGAGAUGACUUGUCAAACCCACCCAUGUUCAGUAAAUGGUAAUUGGGGUCCUUGGACGAAUUUUACCGAAUGCUCUGCGAAAUGUGGCGAUGGACUACGAACAAGGACGAGGUUCUGCGACAACCCGGCACCAGAAUACUCGGGUUUUCCCUGCGAGGGCGACGUCGACAAAACCGAUCUACAGACCGAAGUAGAGAGGUGUAGGAAACGAAACUGCAUACAAGGCUGUCGACGCUUGAGAGGUGGACAUACGGUUGAGUGGCCAGAGACCGACCGCGGCAAAACAGCAACAGUAGCGUGCCCCACCAGACUGACUGAAGGAACUGCAACAAGGCACUGUAACCGCAGAGGACGCUGGGAAGAACAGGAUUUCUCGGACUGUGUAUCGGAUGAGGUCAUAAACUUGCAGCGGAAGCUUGAUGACGUCAGAACCAUACAAGCAGCAACCGACUUUGUUGAGAAACUGGAGACUGUCAGUGAAAGCAUCAGAUUUCAAAAGGACAUCCUCUUCAUCCUCAACAUGGUAAAUGAUAUAACUGAUGACAGUUCUCUGGGGGAAGGCGACGGGACGAUCAGAGCUAAGGAUAGCUUCAUACAGGUUAGUGUUUAA